AUGUUCAUUCUGGGAUCCACUUUCAUGGGAGCGUGCAUGGAGAUGACACAGCUAUCAUUCAUCCAAUAUCGUAACUUCCCUGGGGGACCUAGCGAGUACGAGAAUGUCGAAUUCUCCAUACCAGUGGAUGAGGCGGGGAAUGUCGCCUUCAUUCUCACUAACUGGUGUGCAGAUGCGCUGAUUGUGUGGCGCUGCGCCGUGAUUUACAGGGGAGGUCGAGUCUCCCCAUGGGUCACUGCAUCGCUUCCAUGUGCGAUGUAUCUUGCUGAGCUCGUAUUAGGACCGGGGCAUGCUUCGCACUACACGGGUGUCGCGGCGAUGAUUGUUGAAUCAGCAGCGCUAUACUCUGCCUUCACCCUUCUCUUCAUUAUUCCAUUCGGCAUGGGGAACCCGAUCGCAAACACAUUCUUGCAGGCAUUGUCAGAGGUACAAAUCAUUGCGCCCUUCUUGAUUAUCUACCGGGUCACUCAGGGCAAGGGCUGGUCAGCAACUACAUCUAGGAUGAUCUUGACAGAACAUUCGAGAGCUAAAUCUGGAGACGUGAUUUUGACGAAUCUCGCAAGAGCUGGAAAUUGGUCGAACAUUCAUUUCGCAGCAGCGGCAGAUGAUAGUGGAGUUUCCGAGGAGGCAGCUGAGGGACUUGCGAAGCAUGGCAAAGUGCAUACUCCAGAGAUGGCACGUUCGCCACAAUCCCGGAGGACAAGCGAGCGGAUGAUGGAGCGGGGCAAGGAGAGCUCGGGCUUAUAUGCCGAGCUCCCUAAUUAG